CUACAGGGGUGCGCGCGUCGCUACCCCACACUCGCGUGUGUAAGCCUCUUCGGAAAUGAAAGUGAGCGUGGUAACUUCUGUGCUUCGGGUUUCAGUUAUGUGUGUGAAGUGAACAUGAAAAUGGUAGUGGUUUUGUUAUUGGGGAUGUUUCUGGCUCGAACUGUGUCGCACACAAUAACCUCGCUAGAGGUCCCGCGGUGGACAGACCCCAACAAGGAGGCGGAGCUCCGGUGCCAGUACUCUCGGCAACACAACGACCCCGCGUUGCACUCCGUCAAGUGGUACCGCGGUACGCACGAGAUCUUCCGAUACACCCCGCACGAGUACGAAAGCACGCAAACCUUCAACGAAUCCGUGACCAACAGUUCGUGCAAUCUGGAGGAGUGCACGAUCGUGGUCCGGCCCGAGCGGGGCACGGCCAAAUAUACGUGUGAGGUGUCCAGUGAGGGGCCUCGGUUCGCCGUGGACCGGCGGGCUGCCAACAUGACGCUAGCUGUACUACCAGAGUACGACCCAUUAAUUACGGGUCUACCAACGCUGGUGCAAACAGGCGAGCAGGCGCUGAUCAACUGCACGUCAGACUAUUCGCUGCCUGCCGCUACGAUAGAUUGGUUCGUGGAUUCCGAACCACAAGAGGACCCCCUAAUAACGCACCCAACACACAUAUCCGGGCCCGACAGCGAAGGCCUGCGCGCAUCAUGGCGGACACUGCGCAUAUACCCCGACGACUACGAAACACACCGGGGCUACCUCGCGCUGCGGUGUCGCGCGACGGUACCCACGCGCCCACCGAAUAUUAGGGCUAUGUCGGUGCGCCUGUAUGUAGCUACACGCCCGCAUAUAUCGACGUACAUGUUUAGUAAGAAUAGUAAGUGUUUUUUAUUCUUCUUCUUUUCAUCCUGUUACCCCUGCGGUGGGGCUUGGACAAUUUUCUUUCACUAACUCCGAUCCUGGGUAGCUUGGGUAACCUCUUCCCACCCCAUCUCAAAUACACCCAACUUCUUUUCCACGGAACGGCGCCAAGUAAAUUUAGGGCGAUCAUGUUUUAUUAGAGUAGCAAUUUUUUAUUAGUUUUAUAAAACCCGUAGAUGCGUAGAUCCGUGGGUCGGAUCAAAAACCAGAUAUCACGGAAAGUGUUGUGGCGCGGUGACUUAUAUCUCUGCAACUAUUAUACCUAUAUGUAGUAAUGAUAUCGAUGUUUAGAAAAAAAGUAGCCAGUACUUAUGAAUGUACAACUGACAUAUGAUAUUGAUCUCGCUCUAGAUACGACACAUUCGGGAUUACCCCUUUGCGCCGUGUUUAUUAAGUGAUGACGGAGAGUGGUGUGAUUUGAUUGAUAUUACUCAGAUUUAAAUGAAAUAACGCAAAAAUAAAAUACCUGGCAUUAUAACAAGCUGUAAAAAGAACUGUGGGAUUUUCCAAAUAAACUGCACUGGUAUGAGGCCGCCGUGUGCGAUAAUACCGUUUCUUUGAGAAAUAUCGGAUAAGGAAAGAAUAAUUUGUAAUCAAACAUUACUGUUGGCUCACAUAUUCGAGGACACCAGCCGCCAGAAAUUAGAUUAACAUCCAUUAUUCGUAAUUAGCAUUACUACCCGAAAAUAUAAUCAAAAUAAUUUCAUACCAUGUCUUUGACAAAUAUCUGAUACGGAAAAAAUAAUGUAAUCAAACAUUACUAUGCUGGCUCACAUAUUCGAGGACUAGCCUCCAGAAAUGAGAUUAACAUCCUUUUUAAUUUGCGGAAACAUAUUACCCCGGAAACAUAUUUUCCGCUCUGAAGAUACAAUAUUAUAAUGUGUUACGAGUAAUAUGGGAGAUAAUGCAUUACAUUAGUACGAGUACAUUGUGCAACGAGGGGGGUAAGU